ACUCCUCAACGUUCUCCAAUGAAAGAGAAGACAUCCACAACAGCAGGUACAAAGAUAUCAAGUCUAUAACAUCCAUUAUAUAGGUAUCUCUGCCUAGGAUCAUAACAAGAAUAACGUCACAAAGGACAGCCCACACAAGUUAUCACCGCCAGAAUUUAUAAGCCAUACAUGCGAGUCCUAACUCCAUUCUGCCAAGUGUAAUUCUAACCCUUCCGAAGCAGCUCGUCCCAUGCACCCGUACGUUACAGCAAAUCCAUCAUCAUUUCGUCGCAGGAAUAUCUUGCAAAUUACUUCCUCAAACCCAGUCCUAGUACUUGAACGCAAUACUGCCGUGAACCAGAUUCAAGUCUCUCAUCUCUUUAUCCGUGAAUAUAACUAUGCCCUGAAGCAGUUGAACCUUCCAAAGCUGAAGCGCCACGGUCCUCGAUGUACGCCGUGUCGACCGGCAGUGACGUUGGUGCCGAAGUGGCGGCCGCCGAAGUUCUUAGAGUAGAAAAGUGGCAUUGUUUAUGGCUUGUGUUUGUAGCUUUGGUCUGUUUUAUGAUGGCUGUGGAUGUAACGUCAAUGACUUGGUAAGUUUUUAAUGAUGUUCAGUGAGAAGUUGAUAUAUACAGACGAGAAGAGUUCUAUAAGGUAUUUAAAUAAGGCAGUAAUGAGAAUGUUCCAGGGAAUAUUUAUGUUGGCAUAACUGGACUUGAUGGCCAGUCGCACGACAACUUGAAC